AUGUCUUCAUCGAGACAAAAGCGGAAGGUCGCGGUUGAAGAUAAUGGUAUCAAGGACGGGGAGGCUCGAGAAGAGGAUUUUUACAUAUCAGAGGACGGAAUAGGAGACGUGAGUACAACAAGCUUUGCUCUGACUGAUCCAUCCGAUAUGGAGGAGGGUCAGGAGAAAGAAGAAGAAGAGGAGGAGGAGGUUGUACUCAAUCCUAGUGAUAUUCUGGAGCACAGGAUGCUAGACCAGGACAGGGUUCUCUUAGGGUUCAAGGUCGGGGCAGAGUUCUUCUUCAAGGGUUCAAUGCAGAUCAAAGUUCUCAAGGGAGUAGUGAGUGUUCAAGGAUAUGAGCUGGAGCCAAGAGAUGAAUAUACUUCUAUAUAUUCACCUAGAGGAUAUUCCCUCCUAAGCAUCAGUGGAACCAAGGAAGGAAACUCUGAUGCUGAGUUAGAGGAUCGACUAGCAAGUGAAAGGAUAAUCAAUGCAUCAACUUUAAACUCGAGUAUUUUGUUUAUCGCAAAAAAACUCACUGAGCCGUGGAUGGAAUAUUUAAAAAAGAAUUUAAAGAAAGCGGAGAAAAUAAAUUUGUUUGGAAGAGAUCUCAGCAGUCAGGAUGUUGAUGAGCUGCAGGAUGUGGAGAAGUGUCUAGAUAUCACCCUCUUCAGACCAGACAGGGUCUCUACCAAGCUCUGGAAGCAAGGGGAGGAGUGGGGCGUGUCUCACACCAGUAUGCAGCUGGUGAGGAGGGAGGGGGAGCAGCCCCGUCUUCUCGUGGCAGGGGGGAAGGGGGUGGGGAAAUCAUCAUUUCUCAGAUGGUUGACGAAUAGGCUGGUCAAGGAGGGGAAGGUUCUUUACCUGGACCUAGAUCCUGGUCAGAGGGAGUUCGGUCUUCCAGGAUAUUUAUCCUUAUCAUUGAUCAGUCAUCCUUUACUAGGUCCUAGUUUCUGUCAGCCUGAGACGGAAUGGACAAAAAGCAUUUAUUUCGGAGAUAUAAAUGUUUCAAAUAAUCCAGGUCGUUACAUACACUGUGUAAAGAAACUGUUGAAGUUUGCUGAAGAGUAUGGAUCUCUACCUCUACUGGCUAAUACAAUGGGUUGGGCACAGGGGCUGGGCUGUCUUCUUACUACAGAUGUCAUUCGUCUUAUUCGACCUAGCACAGUGGUUCAAUUAUAUUCAAGGUUUUCCAAGAAAAAUUUCUCCUGCUCCCUGAGCUCUGAUUACGUGAGUGAAACAAAUUCAUCAUGGAGUAAAAUUCCGAAACCUCUCAGAUACUCACUGCUAGAGUUCAGUGCUGUCCCUGAGAGUAGAUCUGCUAAGGAUAUGCGGAGCAGGGAUUCCUGGGGUAUACCUGAACCCGGAGUUCUCCGGGAUAUUCAAACCUUGUCCUGGUUCGGUAGAAGAGGAGGGAUUACUAGUAUUCCAGUUCAUUCAAUUCAUUUCUCCCAGGUUUGUCUAAAUGUUGCGCACGCGCGUGUUCCUAAUAACGGGCUGCUCGCUGCUUUGCUCUUGAAACCUGUAGAUCUCUGUAGGGUGGACGAGGAGAAAAUUAUGAGGCCCAAACACAGUGAUGAUUAUUCUGUACUAAACAAUUCACCUGUAGUCGAAAGCCUCGGUGUUGGUGUUGUCAGGGGUGUUGAUGAGGAGAAGAGAUUAAUUUUUGUUUCUACAGAUAUAGGAGAGGCUCACCUUCAAACAGUUAAUUGCAUAGUUGGUGGAUGUUUAACCCUUCCCGGAGCUUUAUUCUCUCAGCAGAAGGUUCCGUCUCCAUAUAUCUGCGAGGAACCAGGGAACCCGCUUUCUCUACCUUGGCAGAGGAACCAUAGAUACGGACAGUUCAGCCAAUAAUUAUUAAUAUUUUUUAUACAUUUUCUAAG